GGCAGGGCUCACAGCUCCUGGGACCCGGUUGGACCUGGCUGAGCUUGUAUGCAGUUGCUGCUCUUAACAGAACAGGGGGAAAUUCUCUUUGCUGGAUGAGGGAGAUCUCGAGAUAAGGAUCUUUCGAAGAUGGUUUGGCUGCCUUGGAGAUUUGGAGAUCUGAUGCCACGAUGAGGACUCACACACGGGGGGCUCCCAGUGUGUUUUUCAUAUAUUUGCUUGGCUUUGUGUCAGCCUACAUCACCGACGAGAACCCAGAAGUCAUGAUUCCUUUCACGAAUGCCAACUAUGACAGCCACCCAAUGCUGUAUUUCUCCAGGGCAGAGGUGGCAGAGCUCCAGCUGAGGGCUGCCAGCUCCCACGAGCACAUUGCAGCCCGAAUCAUAGAAGCCGUGCACACCAUGCUGUCCAGUCCAUUGGAGUACCUACCUCCCUGGGAUCCCAAGGACUACAGUGCCCGCUGGAAUGAAAUUUAUGGAAACAACUUGGGUGCCUUGGCAAUGUUCUGUGUGCUGUAUCCUGAGAACAUCGAAGCCCGAGACAUGGCCAAAGACUACAUGGAGAGGAUGGCAGCGCAGCCUAGUUGGUUGGUGAAAGAUGCUCCUUGGGAUGAGGUCCCACUUGCUCACUCCCUGGUUGGUUUUGCCACUGCUUAUGACUUCUUGUACAACUAUCUGAGCAAGACACAACAGGAGAGGUUUCUUGAAGUGAUUGCCAAUGCCUCAGGAUAUAUGUAUGAAACUUCAUAUAGGAGAGGGUGGGGAUUUCAGUACCUGCACAAUCAUCAACCCACCAACUGCAUGGCAUUGCUCACAGGAAGCCUGGUUCUCAUGAAUCAAGGGUAUCUUCAAGAAGCCUACUUAUGGACCAAACAAGUUCUGACCAUCAUGGAGAAAUCUCUGGUCUUACUCCGAGAGGUGACAGAUGGCUCUCUCUAUGAAGGAGUUGCGUACGGCAGCUACACCACUAGAUCACUCUUCCAGUACAUGUUUCUCGUUCAGAGGCACUUUGAUAUCAACCACUUUGGCCAUCCAUGGCUUAAGCAACACUUUGCUUUUAUGUAUAGAACCAUCUUGCCAGGGUUUCAAAGAACUGUGGCUAUCGCAGACUCAAAUUACAACUGGUUUUACGGUCCUGAAAGCCAAUUAGUGUUCCUGGAUAAAUUUGUCAUGCGUAAUGGCAGUGGUAACUGGCUGGCUGACCAAAUCAGAAAGAAUCGUGUUGUGGAAGGUCCAGGAACCCCAUCCAAAGGGCAGCGCUGGUGCACUCUGCACACGGAAUUUCUUUGGUACGAUGCCAGCCUGAAGUCGGUUCCUCCUUCGGAUUUCGGCACCCCUACCUUGCAUUAUUUUGAAGACUGGGGUGUUGUGACUUAUGGAAGUUCACUACCUGCAGAAAUCAAUAGAUCUUUCCUUUCCUUCAAGUCAGGAAAACUUGGGGGACGUGCAAUAUAUGACAUUGUCCACAGAAACAAAUACAAAGAUUGGAUCAAAGGGUGGAGAAAUUUUAAUGCAGGGCACGAACAUCCUGAUCAGAAUUCCUUUACUUUUGCUCCCAAUGGUGUGCCUUUCAUCACCGAGGCGCUCUACGGGCCCAAAUACACCUUCUUCAACAACGUUCUGAUGUUUUCCCCAGCUGUGUCGAAGAGCUGCUUUUCUCCCUGGGAGGGGCAGGUCACAGAAGACUGCUCGUCAAAGUGGUCUAAGUACAAGCAUGACCUGGCAGCCAGCUGUCAGGGGAGAGUGGUUGCAGCAGUGGAGAAAAAUGGGGUGGUUUUCAUCCGAGGAGAAGGCGUGGGAGCCUACAACCCCCGGCUCAAUCUGAAGAACAUUCAGAGGAAUCUGAUCCUCCUGCACCCCCAACUUCUCCUCCUUGUGGACCAGAUACACCUGGGAGAGGACAGCCCCUUGGAGACGGCAGCAAGUUUUUUCCACAAUGUGGAUGUUCCUUUUCAGGAGACAGUGGUAGAUGGGGUCCAUGGGGCUUUCAUCAGACAGCGAGAUGGUCUCUACAAGAUGUACUGGAUGGAUGAUACUGGCUACAGUGAGAAAGCCACCUUUGCCUCAGUGACCUAUCCUCGGGGCUAUCCCUACAAUGGGACAAACUAUGUGAACGUCACCAUGCACCUCCGAAGUCCUGUCACCAGGGCAGCUUACCUCUUCAUAGGGCCAUCUGUAGAUGUUCAGAGCUUCAGCAUCCACGGAGACUCCGAGGAACUGGAUGUGUUCGUAGCCACCAGCGAACAUGCCUAUGCAACCUACCUGUGGACGGGCGAGACCACAGGGCAGUCUGCCUUUGCACAGGUCAUUGCAGAUCAUCAGAAAAUUCUGUUUGACCGGAAUUCAGCCAUCAAGAGCACCAUUGUCCCUGAGGUGAAGGACUAUGCUGCUCUUGUGGAACAUAACCUGCAACAUUUUAAGCCAGUGUUCCAGCUCCUGGAGAAGCAGAUCCUGUCCCGUGUCCGGAACACAGCUGGCUUUAGAAAGACUGCUGAGCGCCUGCUGAGAUUUUCAGACAAGAGACAGACUGAAGAGGCCAUUGACAGGAUUUUUGCCAUAUCGCAGCAACAACAGCAGAGGCAAAGCAAGUCAAAGAAAAACCGAAGGGCAGGCAAACGCUAUAAAUUUGUGGAUGCUGUCCCUGAUAUUUUUGCACAGAUCGAAGUCAACGAGAAGAAGAUUCGACAGAAAGCUCAGAUUUUGGCACAGAAAGAACUACCCAUAGAUGAAGAUGAAGAAAUGAAAGACCUUUUAGAUUUUGCAGAUGUAACAUACGAGAAACAUAAAAAUGGGGACUUGAUGAAAAGCCAGUUUGCACAGGCACGGAUGGUGACAACCACUCACAGCAGAGCCCCAUCGCUGUCUGCUUCCUAUACCAGACUCUUCCUGAUUCUGAACAUUGCUAUUUUCUUCGUCAUGUUGGCAAUGCAACUGACUUAUUUCCAGAGGGCUCAGAGCCUACAUGGCCAAAGAUGUCUUUAUGCAGUCCUUCUACUAGAUAGCUGUAUUUUAUUGUGGUUGUACUCUUCCUGUUCCCAGUCACAGUGCUAGCAUGGAACCUCUAAAUUGCAGAUCAUUUUGUGAUCACAAGAGUCUAUGCAAGAGAAAACAAAAUCAUUGUGCCAGUUUGGUACCGGAUUUUUUUUUUUCAUAUUCAUUUUAACAAAUUAAGGGAAGACAUUUUUGCACAGGAAAGCAGGGGCAUGGACAAAUCAGAACAGGAGACUUUCUCAGAGAAUCAAGAGAGUAGCUUGGUUGUCCCAUGGUGUUUCCAGAAGUGUUUGGCUUGGCUAAUAUGGCAGUCCAUAUAAUACUACUCUUAGAAGAAACAAAAAGUCCGUUUUUUAAAGUAAUUUUUUUAAGAGAAACAAAAAGAAUUAGAUAGGAUUGGGGUUUGUUAACAUUAAUUUAAUGCUAUCAGCAAUUUCCAGAUUCUACGUUAGGGAAAAAAUACAGAAUUGUAAGGAAUGCAGACUUUUAAAAAAAUGGUGUAGUUAUAUUGGAAAAUAUAUGUUUCUACUUCCUUAAAGAAGUAGAUCUUUGGUUAAAUGAAUAACAGAGUCAUUAUUACAGGACCUGGAUGGCUAUUAGGAUAACAGUAAAAAUGAUGGCAGAAGUUCAUUAAAGACUUGAUAUAUUUCCAGUAGAAAACAUAUCUAUGAAUGAAUAUUUCCUUGUUGGUGUUGGUCUUUGCAAGCAUAUAAUUGGUUGCUUUUAUACAUUCAUUGGCUUUUCAAUAAAUAAGAAAAUUUCAGAUUAUUUAAUAUUUUGUAGUAUUUUCCUUAUAUGGAAAAACUGUUGUAGACCCAAUGACUAAACUUUUUGAAAUAAAAUAUUUCACAUACUAAACAUUGACUUUAACACCAAAGAAGAUGGGGAAUCUGAAAUUUGGAUAUAAUUCUUAUGUUUUUUAAUAGAAAACUUUCUUCAAGUUUAUUUUGCUAAAUAAACGUCAUAAUUAUUACUUUU